AGAAGGACAGGUGGGAGAAGGGCAGAGAGAGAGAGAGAGAGAGAGGAGACUCACUUGAGGCUGAGGCCGUCGCCAUUGAUGGAGCUCGUCCCCUACGCGUCCAACCGUAACCCGAACGUCCCCUGGUCCGAGAUGUUCCGCGCCGCCUCCCUCCGCCGCCCGCCGGACUCGCUUCCCCCCUCCCGCCCAUCUUCACCUCCUCAUCCCCGUCGCCGCCAGGAGGCACCGCCGCCUCCGUCCCCCGAGGCGGCCUCAGUCGAGUCCUCCCACGACGCCGCCCGCCUCGCUCUCUACAUCGCCAUGGCGCACGCCGGCCUCGCCCUCACCCUCCUCCUCCUUUACGGCCUCUACCGCCUCCUCCACGACUUCGUCCGCCCCCUCCAGUGGGCGCUCCUCUGCUCCAUCCCCCUCCACGAGCUCCAGCGCGCCCUCGUCGACUUCUGGUCCCCGCCUCUCCACCUGGGACUCGCCCCCGCCUUCCUUGCCGUCCCCGCUGCCCUCGUCCGCGCCUCCGCCGACACCCUCGCCGACCUCCGCACCGCCAUCCUCCGCCGAAAGCUCCGGCCCUCCCGCAAGGUCGGCUUUUCCCGCCUCAUCCGCUGGCUCGUCUCCUUCUGGGUCUUCAUCAUCUCUCACGAGCAGCUCGGCCCCGCUGCCACCGUCGCACUAUUCGCCCUCGGUCUCCUCCUGGCCAGCCCCACCGCGACCUCCGCCGUAAAAAAUGCCAGCUUCGUUCGCGGUCGGUCCUCCACACGCCCCUCUGAGCGGGGCGGUGGCGGAUUCUUCACCAAACGCAUCCUCAAGCACCUGAAUACCAUAAUCGCCGUCAGCUUAAUCGUCUGGAUGAUUAUCGGGGCCUUGGCCGGAGGCAUCUUCUUCUCCUACAAGAUCGGAGUGGAAGGGAAGGAUGCGGUGAUAUCGCUGAAAUCCCACGUCCAGAAGAGCAAUUACGCCGAGAGGAUCGGAUUCAAGAAGUGGUUGGACGACAACGAUAUCCCCGGCCUGGUGGAUCAAUACUCGGCCAACCUCUACGAUACUGUCUGGCAGCAGAUCGAUAGCUUGGCGGUCGAAUACAAUCUUACAGAUUUUGCCAAUGGUUUCCGGCAAUUCUUGAUCAGCCGAUCCAGGAACCCCACGGGAGGCGCUUCCACCUCUUUGAUGGCCUCGGCACAGCAUCCUUACAGCGUAAAGCUCCAAUCUUUGAGCAUCCACUUCAAGAAUCACGAUUGGGCAGAGAUCUACAAGGAAUUGGACUCGUUCUUCAGGGAAUUGCUGAUCACCAGAGAGGAUCUGGUGGUGACAGCGAAAGGGCUUGCUUUCCGAGGGAUGGAAAUCUCAAAGCGGGUUCUUUCGAGUAGUACUUCGGUCAUCGGUGGCAGUGCUAGUUUAAUGGUAUCCAUUGCCUUGAAGUUGGCCUCGGGUGCAGCCGAAGUAUUGAAUUUUGUUUCCCAGUUGACGGUUUUCCUGUGGGUGUUGUAUUAUCUCAUCACCUCGGAAUCAGGCGGGGUGACAGAGCAGGUCAUGGAUAUGCUGCCCAUGUCAAAAUGGGCAAGAGUACGUUGUGUCGAGGUUAUCAACCAUGCCAUCAGCAGUGUGUUCUUGGCCACAGCGAAGAUUGCAAUCUUCCAAGGUUGUCUGACAUGGCUGCUAUUCAGGUUCUGCUCUGUUCAUUUCGUGUAUACCUCGACUCUCCUUGCUUUUAUUAGCUCGUUGGUGCCUAUACUCCCACUUUGGCUGUCAACGAUCCCUGCUGCGGUUCAGUUGUUCAUGGAAGGCAAAUUUGUAUGGGCGGUUGUGGUCACGGCGAUCCACCUUAUGAUGAUGGAUUAUGGUACUACGGUGCUUCAGGAGGAUAUACCUGGGCAUAAUGCAUAUCUAACUGGCCUUAGCAUCAUUGGUGGCAUGACAUUGUUCCCUAAUGCUUUGGAGGGAGCCAUAAUGGGUCCGCUAAUUAUGACGGUUGUCAUUGCUUUGAAGAACUUGUAUGUGGAGUUUGUUCUUGCUGAUAAAGAGGAAAGUGGCAGAGAAUCUGUGGUUACUGAUAAAGAGAAUAGCAGCAGCUAGUUGUUAUUAAGAGCAUACCUUCAUAUAAGUAAGAUUAUGCAGACUGUUUAGCAUCAUUUCAGGAGCAUAUCAGAGAUUUCUAGUCACUGGACCGAUGUGGUAUAUUUAUCUUUUGUUGGCCGUUCCAUUUUAUUAGGGGUCAGUUAUUCUUUAGGAUGUGGAUUUUGUAUGUAUCGAUCAUUUUGUCGUUUGGUUGAUGAAAAAAUUGUAUAUUCCUUGUAUGAGUCUUACACAAGCAGUAAGUUAGUGUCAUUAAAGAGCGAUAAAGUGUUGCAAUAUUUGGAUCUGUAAGAACAAGUUCAUCUUAGCAUUUUUAAACAUUUGAAAAUAAGAUAUUCAUGUUAGCUUGAAACUAA